AUGGCUUUCGGAACUCUCGUCGCAUUUGCAUCUCUGAUCAGCGUUGCCAGCGCCGCCAUCACAAGGCGUGUUGCCUGCCCGGACGGGGUGAAUACUGCUACCAACGCUGCUUGCUGCGCAUUGUUCGCUGUCCGUGACGACAUCCAGGAGAAUUUGUUCGACGGCGGCGAGUGUGGUGAAGACGUGCACGAGUCACUCCGUCUAACAUUCCACGACGCUAUUGGCUUCUCCCUCUCUGCUAAUACUGCGGGCACUUUCGGCGGUGGAGGCGCUGACGGCUCUAUCAUCAUCUUCUCCUCCAUUGAGACCGCAUUCCAUGCCAACAACGGCAUCGACGAGAUCGUCGAGGAGCAGAAGCCGUUCAUUGCUAGGCACAAUAUCACGCCAGGCGAUUUCAUUCAAUUCGCGGGUGCAGUCGGUGUCAGUAAUUGUCCUGGUGCUCCGCAACUGGACUUCCUACUCGGUCGUCCUGCUGCUGUGGCUCCUGCUCCCGACUUGACUGUCCCUGAACCCUUUGCUACUGUCGAUAGUAUCUUAGCACGCUUCGCUGAUACUGGAUUCAGUACUGAUGAAGUCGUUGCAUUGCUCGCAUCGCAUACUAUUGCUGCUGCGGAUAAGGUCGACGUGACAAUUCCAGGAACUCCGUUCGACUCCACACCCGAAAUGUUCGAUACUCAAUUCUUCAUUGAGACCCAGCUUCGUGGCACCCUUUUCCCAGGGACUGGUGGAAACCAAGGUGAAGUUGAAUCGCCCUUGGCGGGAGAGCUGCGCCUCCAAUCGGACUCGGAGUUGGCCAGAGACUCCCGCACUGCUUGUUUGUGGCAGGCCAACGUUAACCAACUGGAACACAUGACAACAGCAUUCAAGGCAGCUAUGGCCAAGCUAGCUGUUCUAGGACAGGACCCAUCUCAGAUGGUUGACUGUUCGGAACUGAUCCCGACGCCUCCACCUUUCACUGGUGCUGCCCACCUGCCUGCCGGCCUGACGAUGAACGACAUUGAGCAAGCGUGCGCAGUGACUCCAUUCCCUACCCUGCCGACUGACCCUGGUCCGAUCACCUCCGUUGCUGCUGUGCCUCCUUCUUAA